AUGACCCUUCUCGCCCAAAUCAGAGCCUCAAAUGCACAGCUCACAGAGGCCACAACUCCCAGAACUGCUGUGUUCGUUGGCGCCACGGAUGGGAUUGGAAAGAGAGCUCUUACCAAGUUGGUCUCAACUGGAUUUCCUCUGAAGGCCUAUGUCAUAGGUCGUAAUAAAGACCGAGACCAGGCUCUACUAAGAGAACUCUGCGCGAUAAACAAUAAGGCCGAACUCGUCUAUCUCGAAGGCCAGAUCUCUCUGAUGUCUGAAGUUAUACGGCUUACGAGCGUUAUCCUCGAAAAAGAACAAAAAAUCGACAUUCUUUUUCAUUCGGCCGCCUUCUUACCCUUCCUCGGACGUCAAGAAACAGAUGAAGGCCUGGAAUUGAGCAUCGCUGUAGCCCAUUUCAGUCGCUUUGCUUUCAUCUUGCGGCUCCUUCCCAAGUUGCAAGCCGCAGCCGAAUCUGGUCCCGAGCAAUAUUCUCCGCGUGUCAUCAGUAUUUUGGCGGCUGGUAGCGAGUCCCUUGACUUGUUUCUGAAAGACCUGAGCCUCAAGGAACUUGAGCAUUUCAACAUUCCCACCUACGCUAGGCAUGUAGCCACUAUGGUGACCUUAUCGAUGAAACACUUGGCUGAACAGCCCGGAAACGAGAAAAUUGUGUUCAUUCACGCCCAUCCGGGUCGGGUAUCUACCGAUCUUGUUAGGAAGAGCUGGGGCGACCGGUGGAAUGGCGCCGUCCCUCCAACCCCUGCACCCUCUGCAGGCACACUCAGCCAAUGGACGCCCGAUGAAGCAGGAGAGAAGGCAUUGUAACUCAUGACGAGCGCGGAGUACGGCGGCAAGGGGGUCGAUGUGCCGGAGGAACGAGCAGCAGGGUUGACUGUAAC